AUCUUCGUAUUAAUCUUGAAGUGAUACUUAGUUUAUGAUAUUGCCAACAGGAGCAAAUUCCUUCAAAGAAGCAAUCUAAAUUGGAUGUGAAGUUUAUCACAGCUUAAAGAGUGUCAUAAAAUCUAAAUAUGGAUUGGAUGCCACUAAUGUUGGAGAUGAGGGAGGAUUUGCUCCAUCAAUUCAAGAUCCUAAUGAAGCACUGUAAUUGUUAGAAGAUGCAAUCAAAAAAGCUGGACAUACAGGAAAAGUUGAUGUUGGAAUGGAUGUUGCUGCUUCUGAAUUUUUUGAUAACAAGACUUACGAUUUGGAUUUCAAAAAUGCCAAAAAUGAUGGAUCUAAAAAAUUGAAUGCUUAAUAAUUGACAGAAUUAUAUCUUAAAUUCGUUUCCUAACAUCCCAUCGUUUCAAUAGAAGAUCCUUUUGAUUAAGAUGACUGGGAAGGGUAUGCCUAAUUCACAGCUAAAAUUGGUUAGAAAGUUUAAAUAGUUGGUGACGAUCUAUUGGUUACAAAUCCAAUUAGAGUUCAAGAAGCCAUUAAUAAAAAGGCUUGCAAUGCUCUUUUAUUGAAAGUUAACUAAAUUGGCUCAUUGACAGAAUCUAUUGAAGCUUCAAAUCUUUCUUAAUAGAAUGGAUUUGGUGUUAUGGUUAGUCAUAGAUCAGGAGAAACUGAAGACAACUUUAUUGCUGAUUUGGUUUUUAUUUUAUUUUUAUUUAGGUUGUUGGUUUAGGAACUGGAUAAAUCAAAACAGGGGCUCCAUGCAGAUCUGAAAGAACAGCCAAAUAUAACUAAAUCCUUAGAAUUGAACAAGAGUUAGGUAAUAGAGCUGUUUUUGCUGGAAAAAAUUUCAGAAAUCCAUAAUUAUGAGA